CCUGUUUCCCGCCGAUAAAAUCCAGUGAAUGGAAUGAUGCAUAGCUCCUUUAGUCCGUGUGCUUUAAUAACUGUGUCGAGGGAUUUCUCCACGUUCGACGCUUGUGUUAUCGAUGUCCGAAGUCACCCAUGGAGAGUGUGAAAAUAGUUGAAGUAUUCGAUCAAUGACAUCCAUACUCAAAUUUGAAAAAUAUGGUUUUCAAUCCCAAUCUUCGUCCAGCCUUAUCCUUGUUUUUACAAAUUUCUACAGUAUUAAGAAUGAUACGGUCACAAAGUUUAGAGUUUGAAAGCAUAUUGCCUGAAAAUCCGCAAGAGUAUGACAACUUACAACCACCCAAAGAGAAUGACAACCCUACUAUAGUUCGGUUCCAUGUUACUGUACUCAGCUUGGACACAAUAGACGAAGGAUCUAUGACGUAUGUCGCUGAUAUUUUCAUGUCGCAAAGCUGGAAAGAUAACAGAUUACGACUGCCAGAGAAUAUGACAAUGAAAUAUCGCCUGCUUCCUGUAAAUUGGUUGAAAAAAAUGUGGAGACCUGAUUCCUUUUUCAAAAAUGCCAAAAGGGUUACGUUCCAAGAAAUGACGAUACCAAAUCAUUACAUAUGGCUGUACGGGGAUAAAACUAUAUUAUACAUGGUUAAACUAACACUUUUGUUAUCUUGCUCAAUGAAGUUCGAAGCAUAUCCUCACGAUACGCAAACUUGUUCCAUGAAGAUAGAAAGUUUGUCCUACACAACAGACGACUUGGUAUUUGAUUGGGAACAAGAUGUGCCUCUAGUUGUAGACGAUUCAAUUGAGUUACCACAGCAUAAUUUAGUGAGAUCGUCUUUGGAAGAUUGCACAAUGAACUAUUCUACAGGAAAUUUUACAUGCAUCCAAGUGACAUUCACCUUAAAAAGGCGGUUGGGAUACUACAUGUUUCACACAUACAUACCUACAUGCCUCAUCGUUAUAAUGUCUUGGAUAUCAUUUUGGAUCAAACCAGAAGCAGUUCCAGCUCGUGUGACUCUCUGUGUAACUUCUCUGCUUACACUGUCCACUCAACAUGCGCAGUCGCAAAAAUCUCUUCCUCCGGUGUCCUACAUCAAGGCUAUCGACAUAUUCAUGUCUUCUUGCACUGUUUUCGUGUUUGCCUCACUCAUGGAAUAUGCUGUGGUGAACAUUCUACUUGGUGAAAUCGCUGAAGAGUACAUCGAGGAGGCUGGAAUGGGACUGCAUAGUUACUCAUCACCUCGAAAUAACAUUGUUUUAGUGCCUAAACUUCAGGAAAACAUGACUACCGUAAGAAACUGUGGUCACCCUCCAAAGGCAACACCUAUUAUGCUUUACAAUAAGCAUAGACAGCGUGCUAUUUUAGUCGACAAGAUCUCAAGAGUAAUAUUUCCGUUGUCUUUUGUAAUAUUAAAUACAGCGUACUGGUCUGUCUACCUAGACACUUUUUAACUUAUUUGGCAUUUAUUUUAUUACAAAUUAAAAAAGUUGUUUUUUCAGUACCGCAAAGCAAAUUAAAUUUUCCGAAUUAGAAUUUCUGAAUUUUACAACAAAGAAUCUUGAAAAACGUAAUUGAAUUCAUUGUAACUUAAACGAAUCAUAAUUGAAUUUUUCUUCUUCGUGGAACAACAUGAUUAACAGAGAGCAUUGUUAUGAGAGAGAAAAUAUAAAGAGGGAAAAAAAUUUAAAUUAUGCCCUUGCUCCAAAUUAUAAUUUCAACGAAACUCAUAAUAUAAUUAUUUAAACGGAUUAAUUAUUACUAAAAGUGUUUGUGCUGUAAAUUUAACAUAAUAAAACGUUUUCUGUGAAUAUUGAAUGUUUAUAUUGUUAUAAGUAUUUCUUUGGAUAUUGAAAUAAAUGUAAUUAUAAUUUGGUACACAAAAUAAUGGAGUUAUGUGUACGAAGCUAUUGAAUUAUGUGUAAAUUUUUUAA